AUGCAGGUGGUUCCUCUCCACUUCCUCCACCCGUAAACCUUCCCAAACAGGGUGAAAAAUAUUUCCGGGGCCAUUUCCUUGGUUCAGCAAAGAUACAACUGUCAGUCACUCCGGCCCCCAGUGCAAUUGUGGAAACUGCAGCUAGUGUGUCUCUAAAUUAUGAACAAAGACCAGCUCAGUAUGCUGACUGGAUGCUAACUGUGCCCGUGGGCAGCGCCAGGGUGCCAACUGCUCUCCCUUCUCAGGGCUCUUUAUCCUUAAACGCAACUUGGAUUGGAUGCUCCUUCAGAUACAGACAGUGUGGUAUAGUGGUUACUGCGCUGGAUCAGGAUGGGGAGUUCAGGGCAGACACACACAAUAAAAACACAUGGAAUCAUAAACUUAAGUAAACACUCAUGUGGUUUUGCUUUUCUUUCUUUGGGCUUAUUUAAUUUUAUUUUGAUCUAAAAGCCUAAUCACAUCAGCUACGGUGUCCUGUCUGUGGUAAUUCUAAAGUCAAAGUUAGUUGUCCCCAAAUCCUGUUAACAUUUGGGACUGGAGCAACAGUGUUUGCAAGAAGAUACUAUUUGAGAACUGGGUGUGGGAGACAGGAAACCAAUUCUUCCCUCACUGAUUCCUUCUCGAGUAAACAAUUGUUUUUCUCAGUCUUUACUUCCUUCCUCUUCCUGCUCCAGUCAGUUAGUAUUAGACCUUUUACUAGCCUCAUGAUGGCCACAUGGCUCUCCCACAAAUUUUCCUGGGGACUGUAGUUAGUUAAGGGUGCUGGGAAGUGUAGCUUCUGGGGGUAAAUGGCCAUUGCCAGGAUUCUUUGGCAGACGCCAUGCACUUUGAAUUCAUGGUACAGAUGUGAAGCUGCACACUGUAACGGUUUUCCCCAGCUUAUGCUGUUUCUUUUCAAAAACUAUGAGUCACCCAGAGGGAGGGAAAGGCCCGCCCUGUAACUUGAAACUGGAGAAAGGAAACUAAAGCUUUUGUUCUCAUUUCAGGCAGACGAAAUGGCAGACGAGGGUCCAGUCCAGAACCUCUGCGAGGAAACAACAUGUUCCAUCUGCCUGGAGUAUUUCACAGAUCCAGUGAUCAUAGAAUGCGGCCACAAUUACUGCCAAAGCUGCAUCACCGAGGCUUGGGGAAAAUCAGACCAAGAAGCUUCUUGCCCUCAGUGCAGGGAACCUCAUCAGCAAAGGAAUUUCAGGCCCAACCGGCAACUGGCCAGCAUUGUGGAAAUAGUCAAGAAAUUCAGCCUUCAGGCGGCCAAAGGGGUGGAAGUGCUGGGAAGGGUUUGCAAGAGACAUCAGGAGCCCCUGAAACUCUUCUGCGAAGACGACCAAGCCCCCAUCUGUGUGGUGUGCGACAAAUCCAAGGAGCACAGGAAGCACAAAGUGAUCCCAAAGGAGGAGGCCUUUGAGGAGUAUCAGGUAGGGAGCUGUAGGACUGGGGACCAGGCUUCCACGGGAUGCUCAGUUAUCCAAGGGAUGGGGAAAAUAUUUCAGCCCGAGGGCUGCAUUUUUCUCUUUGCGAAAUUCGGGCGGGGCAUGUGGGUGAGUGUUUGUGUCCCAAACGCUGCUGGUUAUUGGGGCCUGAGGCAAAAGGGGACAGAGCAACACUUGAAAAUUUCACCUUUUUGCAGUAGGCUAGUUCCUACAAACGCUCUCAUGGCCAUCUAUGUUCACCACCUAAGUAAGUGGGAAGCAUUAGUGGAGUUCAGGGACACAUUCUAGCCAGGCAAAAAAAGACUCGGGGAGGAUGUGAACUGGAGCUGGCGAAUGUUGCAGCCUGGGGAGAGGCCAGAUAGUGAGGCCUGCAGCUCCUAUCUUGUACUGAGCAUUCAGUAGUAGGAACAUUCGCAGGAAGUUCCAAGGGAACUUGAAAAAUGCACAUUUCAACCAUCUCCCACCUUUUCCUGCCCCAGGAGCCCAGAGAACUACCAGGGCAGGGAAACGCUGGAAGGCUGAUCUGAGGGCCAUAUCUCAACAGUAAGACCGAAGAAGGUCCCAGGUUCAUUCCUUAGCAUUGUUAAAGAUUUUCUUGUUUUACAGAAGUAUGUGCAAUGUCUCUCGUAUUUUUUCCAUGUAACAUUUUUACAAAUCAGUUUCAUUUGUUGAGACAUGGGGGGGGAAGAUGGGUGGGGGUCGGGUGGCGAUGUUUCUAUUUUGCUUAAUGUAUGUAGGGUUUGGUGUCAGCGCUGCUCGUGCUGUUCAUUUGUGUUUCUUUGGUGGUGAGAGAGGUUGGGGUUGACCUAGGGUGUGGUUGUUUGUUUGUGAUUGGCUGUGGUGAUCUUUGUUUUCGUGUGUGAGUGGGGUGGCUCCCCUUUAUCACAUACACAGCCCAACAAGACAGUGACAAUAAUCCACCAACAGCAUGCAAAUCAACAUGGCUAACCUGAUUCCUUUGCUUUGUUAUGUAGGGCUAGGGAAAGCCUUUGCCCCAAAGCAACUUUCUGUCAGUAUAGAAAACAGACCAGAGGUCUGACUCUGUAUGAGCCAGCCUUGUGGAAGCAUUUGACGUUCCCCAGGUCCCAGCAGUUUCUCUUUUUCUCUAGUCUCAGAAUUUAUGUUGGGAAACGGAUGUUAUGCCCACCAUUUUUUACUCAGGAUAGUUUCCCCCCCCCACAAUAGUCUAGGAGGGCUGCCCAGUGGAAAGGUUGUCAGGAGCUUCGGCUGGUGGCCCAGCUACGCCCCUAUCUGGACAUGAAUAGCCUAACUACUGUUGUCUAUGCUUUGGUAAUCUUAAGGUUAGACGACUGCAAUGUGCUAUAUGUAGGGCUGCCUCUGAAGACGGUUUGGAAACUUCAGCUGGUGCAGAAUUCAGUGGCCAGGUUGCUCACUGGAGCAAGACAGCUUGAGCAUAUUACACCAAUCCUAGUCUGACUCCACUGUCUACAAAUUAGUUACGAAGCCCAAUUCAAAGUGCUGGUUUUGACCUAUAAAGCCUUAAAUGGCUCAGGACCGCAAUACCUCAAGGACCGCCUCUUCCCAUAUGAACCUACCCGGACCCUGAGAUCAUCUUCUGAGGCCCUCCUUCGUGUGCCCCCUCCUUGAGAGGUCAGGAGGGUGGCAACACGAGAACAGGGCCUUCUCUGCAGUGGCUCCCCAUCUGUGGAAUGCUCUUCCCAAGGAAGUCCGCCUGGUGCCUUCAUUAAACACCUUUAGCUGCCAGGCAAAAACGUUCUUUUUAACCAGGCCUUUGGUUGAUUUGAUUGACAUCCUAUGCCCUUUUAAAACGUGGUUCUUUCUUGGUGGGUAUGGAGUUGUUUUUAUUUUGAUUAUAUAUUUUGUGGUAUUAUAUUUGUAUUUUGUUCUGUGAAGUGCCCUGAGAUCUUGAAGUAUAGGUCAGCAUCUAAAGCAAGUAAGUAAGUAAGGAAGGAAGGAAGGAAGGUUCACAGUAGCCCAAUCUUGCAUGCAGAAAUCCUUAGCAUUUCUAUGUUGGGCUGGGAAUAUACUGGACCUGAAAUCCAGUCAGUACAGCCAGUAGUGAGCUAGUUGGACCAGAGGUACAUAUAGCUCAGUAUAAGGCCACUUCACCUCUUUCUAGAUAUGUCCAAAAAUCCCAGAGCAUAGGUAUCAGGUAUUAGCAAUGUAGCCAUGUGGCUCACAAUUCUGCUGCAGAACCAUAUCAAAGCUUCCUAUUAGCAGAGGCCCAGGAAGUUCUACCUGCAAAAUACUGCAAGGGGAGAAAGGAGGAGCAAAUCCCGUGAAGUUAUGAGUUGUAAAAAGGAUGUUAUUGGGCCAGUGUGGUUUCUUAUGGGGUUACUCUGGGGAACUGGCACCUUUCCACCCCAAAUGUGAAAAUUGUGGCACUUCCUGUGAUAACUUCAUGGUGAAUACUGGAAGCUGUUUUUCUUAAAAGAAAAAGAACGAGCUCUGAAUAGGGCAGUGCACCAGCCACAACCUCUGGUUCGUACCCCAAUUUAACUUUGGAAAGGAGCAUGGUUUGGUGCAGAAAAUGUGAGAGGGUGACUGACUUGGCUCAGGAUCUGAAUCCCAUACAGAUACUCUGUUUUGUGCAAACUUGGUAUAUGAGAAAACAUUUUAUAUCUUACGCUGUGUCCACAUAAUUUUGAGUCUCCUUGAUUCCCCCCAUAUUUAAUAAGAAAAUGAUUUAUUAACUAUAUAAAUAUGCAUAUGUGAACACUAAUCUAAUUCCACAUUGAGAACGGAAGUUUCCUAGAAGCUGUACAUGGACCCUUUUCAACCUCUGUGUUCUUGGUUUCUUGAACAGACAUGCCUGUUACAGUUUAUAUCUCUGCUGCCAAAACUAACUCAAAUUCCUUUUCACCUACCCCAGGGUAAAAUCCUGCGUCAUUUGGAGUUCCUGAACAAAAAGAGAGAAGAAAUUCUGCCUUCUAAACUGAAUGGGGAGACCGAAAGCCAGAAUCUGCUGGUAAGUGCAAAUCUUCUUGCCUCUCCAGGAUGGUUAUACUUGACAGAGUGAGGCCUUAAUUCUUCGCUUGCACAGUGUCCCAGGUUUGAUCAUUGGCAUUAUCAAUUAAAUGGACAUUGGGUGGUAGAGUUGAGAAAGGUCUCUGCUUCAGACCUUGAAGAGCAGCUGCCUGGAAGUUUAGACAACAUUCAGCAGGAUAGGCUAAAAUUGGUAGGGUUGUCUAGGGGCAAAUGUAGUCCUUGAGUCCAAAAAUGUCCAGCCAUACCAGCAUUAAUUCUUUAAGAAUGAAGUGAACCCCCCAAAGCCAGUCUUCCUCCUCCUCCUUCUCGUCACUUCCUCACGGCCCUACUAUUAGGCAGAGUGAGGUGGCCAAGGCAGGGAAUAGAGAACAGCAGCAGCUUAAUAGAUCGGUAGGUGAGCAGCAGGAAAAUACUGAGGACAGAGGCAAGCAAAGAGGUCGUGUCCUGCAAAGCUAGCCUGCCUGCCACCCUCAGCUGUGAUUGAUGUUCUAUACCAUUGUGAGUGUUGAAGUAAACAUCAGCUGCCCUGCCAGUCAGCUUGUGCACAUAGAAUUAAGGGGACAUCUAAACAUCUUUGUCUGGCCAUGACUCUCUCCUUGCAGAAGCAGACAGACAUGGAGAGGCAGGAAAUCAUGGCCGAUUUCAAGCAAUUGCACCAGUUUCUGGAAGAACAAGAGCGCCUCCUGCUGGCUCAGUUAAAGAAACUGGACGAUGAGAUUAAAAACUGUAGGAAUCAAUAUAUUGCCAAACUCUGUGAGGAAAUGGCCUCCCUUGACAACCUAAUCAGGCAGCUGGAGGAGAAACAGAAGCAGCCAGUGACUGAAUUCUUGCAGGUGAGCAAUGGUGGAACAAAACCGUCCAGGUUGUCCUCUGGGGAAGGGCUGUUCAUUGGUCUAUAGAAGUAUUUACAGUAGGGAUGAGCACUUCAGUAUUUGGUAAUAAUAAACUGCUGGAGGCAACUGGUGCAAGGGACUGAAUUUCUCUCAUUCUGUCUCUUCCAUCUAGAAUAUGAGAAGCAUCCUGGAAAGGUAUGUGGCUUUGAUAUGAAUAUGAAUAAUAUUAAUUUCCGUCCUUGGAGGUAAGGGAUAAUUUUAUUUGGUCUAUACUUUCAUGUGAACCAAUCUAAUUCACUGUUUACAGAAAAAUAAGCAGAUCAAAAAACAGUUACCUAUCUGAUUGCACACUUUUACAAAUUUUGUUUUGGCUUAAAAAAUCCACCCAAAACUGUGUAUCUCAUGCAGGGAAAUGUACAAAAAGCACAUUGGGGGAUGCAUAGAAGAACAUACAAAAUGGAUAGGAUUUUGGGGGGAGAAUGUACAGUUGUACCUCAGGUUAAGUACUUAAUUUGUUCCGGAGGUCCGUUCUUAACUUGAAACUGUUCUUAACCUGAAGCACCACUUCAGCUAAUGGGGCCUCCUGCUGCUGCCGCGCCACUGGAGCACGAUUUCUGUUCUCAUCUUGAAGCAAAGUUCUUAACCCGAGGUACUAUUUCUGGGUUAGCAGUGUCUGUAACCUGAAGCGUAUGUAACCCGAGGUACCACUGUAUAUAAAAUGCAUAUUUUAGGAAGAAGUGAUGAUAUUUCUUCAUCUACUGUAUACUUCAUAUCAUAGCAGAGUUGGUGGUGGUGGUGGUGGAUUAUUAGAUUUCUUACUUGCUCUCCACUGUCAGGUUCCAGGGCAGCUUGUGAAUUAAAAUACAAUAUUAAAAAUAGUUAAAACAAAUUACAAUCCAAGAAAACUGGGUGGGUGCUAAAAUACAUCUCCUAGAUGACAAAGGCCAGGGUAAAGAGAUGCUCUUAUUAGUUACUUGUGUGCAAACAUAAUUUGUUGAAGAAAAUAUUCAGUAAGGCUGUGCUCCAGAUUCAGCUGGAUCCUCAACCAAGUUGUGCCAAUUUAUACCCUGUUCUGAUCAGGAAGAAGCAACGACAAAUCACAACUUUGACACAAGUUAAUCAGGCACUUCUGACCUAGCUGUAAUUUUAAACAUGGUACGGUAUGCAACGUGUGCGUCAAAAUUUCAGGCAGAUAGUUUGAAAAUAUUUUGGCAUCUUCACAGUAAAGUUUAUUUUAAAAAAAGAGGUAAAAUAGAUUACGGAUUGAUCAUUUAUAUGUAAUUUUUAAAUGAAAAAAUGUGUAUGUAAAUUUACACUUUAUACUCUCCACCCCCUUAUACAUCAUUUUCUAGUUUGUAAUAGGUCUUUGUAAUGGUCACAGGGCAGACAAUACCAUUAGUUGCUAUCACAGGGCUCAUCCACAAGUCCGCUUUUCCUGUGAUUUCUAGUCUCGGGUCCGAGAGGCUUUUCUUUUGUCCCUACGCUUUUCCUGGGGAAACCUGCUGCUUAUCACUGUAUAGGCAGAAACAUAAAUCCGCAGAAAACCUGAUAAAUGUUUGCUUCUAUUCAGCUGUAAAUCCACAGAAAACCCGACUGACCUUUGUUCUGAGUCAGUGGUAAACAGAGGGGACUUUCGUGGGGAAAAUGGGGGGAAUGUAAGAAAAACCUGUCAUGGACGAGCCCUUGGUAUCUUCCUGCUGUUCCCACUUUUCUCCUUCAUUCUGACAACUGAAUUAAGAAAGACUUGAAAUGACCUGAUGAGCACAAUAAACCUCACUUUCUUCUUCCUAGAUGUAAUGAAAAUAAGAAUAAAACCAUCAAUGCAAUAGCAUUUCCUCGUGGAUUAAAACAGCAAAUAGAUCAUUUCUCCAAAAUACAUCCUUUUUUGGAGAAGGAGACCAAGAAAUUCAAAGGUAACAAGGGUCAUUGUAUGAUGUUUUAGAUGUGGGACAGAUUAGAUCAAUAGAUAGAUAAAUAAAUAGAUAGAUGAUAGAUAGAGAUAGAUGAUAGAUAGAUAGAUAGAUAGAUAGAUAGAUAGAUAGAUAGAUAGAUAGAGUUGCAUGCCAUGCCAAUUUCCAAACGGUGAAUAUUCCAGGGGUCCCCGGCUGCUUCGCCAGGGUUCGAGUUUCCUAUUGGCAAAUGAGGCACAGCAGAGACUGUGGUGUCUUUAGGAUAUAUGGUUUAUUUACACAUAUAGGCACUCUGAGCCUACAAUGGAGGGAUUCAUAGGCACUCCAAGAGAGUCUUGUUUCUCCCAUAGCCACAGCCUUGCAUUCAAAACAGGAAUCAACCAUCGUGCUCUGAUUCUCUUUCUGUUUUGCUGCCUUUUACAGCCUGUCACAUCCCUAAACUCUACUCCAAAACUCUGGUUUUGUCUUCUAACUCUCUCAGAGCUGGGGGAGGCAACUCUUCUCUGUGUCCCCCACCCCGAACAUGCUUUCAUAACACUUAAUGCUAAUGCUGGAAGAGGGAGAAAGAUGGAGUACUAUGGCUAAAUUUUAGAUUUAGGCCUGAACACACUUGCAAACAUUCUAAAUCUAAAGCAUUGCCCUUGAAGCCCAGUACGAGUAUUGACUUUUUCCUCAUUUCACUUUUAUUCCUCAGACGCUGUGCUCUCUGGACUUCAAGACAAAAAAGGUACAUUUCCAGGUUUGGAAGAUCUUUAAACAGUUUUUGCAGAUGAGAUAUGGGAGGGUUUUGCACUUCAAUCUCCCAGCAGCACAAGAUUGCUGGGGUCCCAAGCUGCCUCCCCUGGGUUCAUAUUUCCUUUUGGGAAAUGAGAGACAGCAGAGACUGUGGUGUCUUUAGGAUAUAUGGUUUUUCCCCACAUAUAUAGAAUCUGAGCCUAUGAUAGAGGGGUUCACAACACGGACACCCCAAGAGAGUCUUGUUUCUCCCAUAGCCCCAGCCUUGCAUUCAAAAUAGGAACCAACCAUCAUGCUCUGAUUCCCUUUCUGUCUUGCUGCCUUUUACAGCCUGUCACAUCCCUAAACUCUGCUCUACGUCAAAACUCUGGUUUUGUCUUCUAACUGUCUCAGAACUGGAGGACUGGGAAGCAAGCAAGAGUAACUGAAGCUUGAAAUUUGAGUGUUCUUUUUUCUAUUUCUCUAUUUAAAAUUCUGAGUAAUCCUCAUUAUUUGGCAUUGAUUUUUCUGAAACACUCCCCCCGUCCCAAUGUUUUCAUAAAAUGUAAUGGGAAUGCUGGAAUGCUGUGGCUUGCUGAAGUCAGCUGGGAGUUCACCACACCUCAACUGGUGUGUGUUAUGAGCACAGCAAGCAGAGUCAUCAGAGAUUUCCUGCUCCCAAUUGAACAACAUCUUCAGAGUUUGUUAAGGGGGAAACUCCUCCCACACAGUUCAAAGUAACCAAGUGUUUAAUGUCUCCAGACACAAGACCAGUCCUUCUGGUCUGAAGUAAAGAUAUGUACGAUCAGAUCCAUUGACACUGAUCACCGUGCUAGCUAAUGCUUCUGUGCAAAACCCACAGCCUCUUUCCCUGAGUCUCACAGUGUCAGACCCUGACAGCAAAUGGGACAGGGCACAGACAAGACAGACAGGAUGAAAGCAAUGCCCCAGAGGCUACUAUUCCUGUCUCUACAUGUGGGCAUAUUUCCUGGACCAAUGGGAGGGUGAAUGACUCCACAAGUCGCACACUCGACCUGCUGGUGUUGCUAUGGCAACCCAGUGCACCCGGCUCCCUUAUCUCAGGGCAUCCAGUCGUGGGAAAUGUGCUCCUCAACGCACGAGCCCCAAGCGCAUUACAGCAACAUGGAAGAGCUCAAACGGUCCUAUACGAUGACUACAUUUUAAAUAUUGGCGUGAACACACUUCCAAGCACUCCUAAUCUAAAGCAUUACCUAGGAGCUAAGUGUGAGUCUCAACUUCUUCCUCAUAUCGGUUUUGUUCCUUAAGCGUUGUGCUCCCUGGACCUCAAGUAAAACAUAUGGUUCCAGAUUGGGCAGCGUUACUUCAGCUGUCUGGACCUCCAGAAAAGAAAGUACAUUUCCAGGUUGGGUAGGGUUCUUUGUUUUGGGUUUUACAUGUGAGAUUGGGAGAAGGGCUGAGCACAGGAGCACAGGAAGCAGCUUUUCUGCAGAGCCAAGCCAACUGCCCAUCUAGCUUCAUAUUGCCAGGAAUGACUGGCAACAGCUCUCCAGGGUUUUAUCCUGGGAACUCACCCUACAGGGAUUGAACCAGGGACCUUUGCAAGCAAGCCUACCUCUGAGCUAGCAUCCUUGCCCUCAAGGGGCGUUCCCUGAGUUUCUGAACUGACCUGCAUGGGGUCACCCCAUUAGUACACUGGCUUUUCAAACCUCCUCCUCACUCAGAGCUGCACAAAACUUGGAUGCAGGUUUUGGGCGCUCCCUCCCUAAUCGUUUCCUUUCUCUUGUAGGUGAAGACAUGGCCAUUCCUAAACUAGUCCUAGAAGCGUAUGGCCAAGCACCAACCCGAGGCAUAUUAAUGGAGCCACAAUCGUUUGCCUUCGGAUUCUCAACAGGCACGUAUUUGAACCAAUCACGCGUUGUCCCCGUAUUCUCAAAUAAGAACAUUAAUUGUUGUUCCUAUGUUAUGGGAGUUGAGAGAAUCACCUCAGGGACUCAUUCCUGGGUAUUGGAUGUGGGGAACGAGAACUUCUGGGCUGUGGGGGUUGUCAAGGAGUCUUUAAGGGGUCACAAUAUUGUCAAUUUGAAUGAUGGAAUUGGGAUCUGGGCUAUUGGGAGGAUUUCUAAUGAUGCAUAUUAUGCUUCCACUUCUCCUGGAAUAUCUCUGGGAGCCUCACCCUCGGCCAGCACACAACCCCUUACAUUCUACAUAGGAGGGAUUCGGCCAAAGAGGAUCCGUGUGCUUGUGAACUAUGAAGCAGAAGUAAUACUCUUCCGUGAUGCUGACUCAAAUAAUGAUCUCUUUACCUUCUUCCGUGCUUUGUUCUCUGGGGAGAAAAUCUGCUCCUUUGUCUGUGUUGGGAAAUGAGAUGAGGUUGCCGUUUGGUGCAAACUUGACAGGCCAGCGGGAGGUGCCAAGCCCUUUAAAACCAGGGAUGGGUGGGGAAGUUUAAAAAACAGCAUGGGGGUCAGGAGGAAGGAACUGAAUCCUCUCCCCACCCAUACUUUCCUUCCUCAAAGGUCUGGGGAAAGAACUUUUUUUUGGGGGGGGGGUAUGUGUGGUGUGGAAAGGGCUCAGGAUAUUAAGUCCCCGCCCCAAACUGCCAACUUCUUUAGAGGGAAUUAGUAACAGUCUGACUCUGUCAUGUAGUGUCAUUGCUGUCAAGUCUGAAUGGACCCUGCAGGCUUUCCCCUCCAAAUAGCGCUCUGUUGUGGGAAACAAAACACAUGAAAACUGCCAUUCAGACACAGCUUCAGGGGGAAGUAGCUGAAGAGGGGGGGGGGCUUUUCAACGAGGAACUGGCAUGAGGCCCUGAUCCAGAUUGGCAGCGUGCUUCGGAUCACAACCCCAUAGCUAUAUUUUAUUUGGAAAAGAAGCACACAAAAUAGAAGCAUGAUUAAAAAGGAAUUGUCUGCAAAUACAUGACAGACAAAUAGAGACUUGAUAUGGGGGCAUUUAAAUGCCCCCUUAAUUAUCUAAAGAGGUGGGUUGUUUUAUGUGCUUCGAGUAGUUGUUCUGUGUCUUUUUAUAAUUGUUUAGUUGUUGUCACUCACUCUGGGACCUGAUGUCGAAAGGUGUGUAAGAAACCUUGUAAAUAAAUAAAAGCAAUUCCGCUUACUGCAUUUGUGCGUGCCAUUAAUCGCUUAAUGUCCAAACUGCUCAGGGUGUGGUAGUGGCCCAAAGGGCCAUAAUGAAUGUGAUAAUGUGAACCCCUAUAAAUCCUUCAAUAUGCUUCUAAUAGAGAAGUUAUGGUAACCUGUUGCUUUAAGAAACUGAGGAUUUUGCAAGACGCCGUCCCCCACUGGGACAGAAGGGCAGCCAAUGCGUGAAUCACGAAGAUACAGCUCAUAAGUUAGAACGCAAGUUGAUACACGGUGCAAAUGGCUGCACGUAACACAGGUUCCCAACUUGCAUACUAAGACACUGUAACAGAGCACGGUGAGAAUCAAAGUUUAGUUAGCAAUGCUUAUUGUGCAUGUGUAUUAAACAUGAAAUGAGGUAAUGAUGUACAUGACUGGUGAAAAUUGAAAUCCUUUGUUUGAAAUGUUAUAAAUACCACCGCCCUGACCCUUGGGCGGGGUUGCAGUUUUGCGAAAAGAUUCGACUGUAACCUAUUGCUUUGCAAUAAACAACAAUGGACUCUUAACUCCUCUUGUCUCUGAGUUUUAUUGGCGUAAACUCAGAAGGUAAGCCAUUUUUGGCUUGCAACAAGGGGAUUUGCAGAACCAAAGUUAAGUAUCUCUAGUCUGAACCAGUGGAGGACAAGGUGCUCACGUCUGCUCUUAUAUUAUUACUCUUAAACUGCUGUUGCUUUAUUUGAGUCUUUAAUAUAUGAAAUAAACAAGGGCUCCAUUGAUCCAGGAAGUGGGAGCUGUGGUCUGAACCAGCAGGGCUCAUCUGAAAGUAUGUGCUUUUAAGUGAGAUAAAAAUCAAAACAAUUACUCUAUGUUUGAAAUGACUGGCUUCAGAUUUAACAUUUUCCAACCCUAGUGGGAGCUUGAGCUCUUUUAUUAUUAUUAUUAUUGCGUGAAAACAUUUAUUUCAGUAAGCCCACAUAGACACAUCUUUAAUUGUGUACAGUUGCUUUUAAAUUCUUGCAGAUUUUACCACAGCUUAGUUUUUUUUGGUGUUGUUUUUUUUUUGAGGAGCUGGUUUCCAAACAUUUCCAAAUAAACAAAACAACAGUAUUUCAAUAGCAUUUACUAAAAACAGAAGUAAGCUAUGCAUCAAAUAAAACUGAACAGAAAAUUUAAAAAAUUAGGAGCCAGAGUCUAAACAUGUAAGUUUUUAAGAGAUGUUUGGAAAUCUCUACUAUCUCUGUCUCAUGAAUUAUCUGAGAGAGAGCAUUCCAGAGGGUGGGUGCUGCACCCACAAAUGAAGUGACCACCCAUGGGUGUUGGAGUGACCCCAGCAGGGCCUCAUCAGCUUGAGCUCUUACUGCUGAAUUUUGUCUCUCGUUUCACCCAAUUUCAAGGGACUGGUUCAAAUUUCAUCUGAAGAACAACUGGCAUUUUGAUCAUAUAAAACAUAGCUGCUUAUUCACAUCUUCCUGGUCUGACAACAGGGCAGGCGGAUGGGAUUCUGGCUCACCCUUCUCAUGGUUCAUGUACAGUGGUACCUCGGUUUAAGAACAGCCCUCUUUACGAACUACAGUGGAAACUUGUGUUAUGUACCGUCCUCCUUGCAAACACUUCGGGUUACGAGUUCCGCUAACCCGGAAGUAGAUGCUCCCAGUUGCAAAUUAUGCCCCGGGAUGUGAGUGGAAGUUGCACACCGGCAGUGUGGCAGCAGCGGGAGGCGCUAUUAGCGAAAGCGCACCUCAUGCUAUGAGCGGUUUUGGCUUAAGAAUGGACCUCCGUAACGAAUUAAGUUUGUAACCGGAGGUACCACUGUAUUCAGUUUACAAACUCCGCAAAACCGGAAGUAGUGUCCCAGAACAGAAGCCAAACGGUAGAAGGGCACUGGCAGCAGGAGGCCUCAUUAGGGAAAGCGCGCCUCCGUUUAAGAAUGGUUUUGGUUUAAGAACGGACUUCCGGAAUGGAUUAAGUUCGUAAACUGAAGUACCACUGUACUUUGUAAACAACAGUGAAGGAACAGUAUGUAGACUCAAACAGGGCAGACUUCUGUCACAUUCUAGUCUUGUUUGUUUUGGGGGAAGUUCCCACACAUUGAAAUUUAAGUUCCAUUCCAUUUGCUUUCUAUUGUUAACACCUGCACAAAAGCUAAAUACAGAUCACCACAGUAACAUGCAAAACAAGAGUCAUGUUCCUAUGCCACGUCCUCCGACAGUUCAUACCUGCUUCAGCUGAGCUGGCGAUCAGCAGUCCUCCUGAAUCAGGCUGGAGAUCCAUCAAAGAUACCCUCAACAGGCGACUGACUGGUAAUAAUCUGGGGGCAUUCUUAAAGAAAAGUAGACUCCUUUUCUUAAAGAGAUGGAAAAUGUGGUAAAGUUUCUGGGACAAAAACUGUUGUUUAAAUAUCUCUGCUAUCAGAUCCAGAGAGAAACACACCCACUGAGCAUGGAGUCUCUGAGAUCUGUGCAGAAUAAGUUGCAAGGUUAUGAGCCAGACACAAGGAAUCUGGUCGCAUGCUUGGAAGUGGCAAUGAGGAAUUUCAAGGAGGAGCCUAGAUGCGUGAAGGAGAAUGCCACUUUGUUGAUCAAGAGUGAUGGGGUCGAGUUGAAAUUCUCCUGUGGGAAUCAGAAAUGUCUCAUCUGCAUAGAUGACGCUGGUGGAGAGCUCAUGUACAAUGCCUCUGAACUCUCAGGGGAUGUUUAUCUGCUGAGAUUAUGUUGCAGGCCCCAGGCACUGAAUGUGGCAAGUCUUCAGGGAGUGAAGGAAAGUUUGGAGAAAUGGGAGAUGGGAGAAGAUUUGAGAAGAUGUCUGAAGCUAGCCCUGAAGGAGUUCCCUAAGGAACCCUUAUUAGUGCAGGAAAAUGCCCGGUUGAUCAUUAGGAAACGCAAGGUUCAACUGGAGUUCAUCUCUGGAACAGGGCAAUGUGAGAUAUCGGUGUGCUUUGACAAGGGGGAACCUCAUUAUGAGGUUGAACCAAAGACCUGGGAAAUGUAUCGCAAACGGCUACCACUCCACAAGGAACACCUGAAUGCCAAGAAUUUGGAAAGGAUCCGUAGAACAGUGAGAUCCCUAGCAGGGACGCCUCCUGAUGUCCGGAAGAGCCUUAAUAUUGCCUUGCACAGGUUCUGCCAGGAACCGGAGGAUGUGAAGAAGAAUGCCCGCAUGGUGAUUGAAGUGGAAGGAGGGGAGAUGGAGCUAAUCUCUGGGACCAGAGAGAAUUGCAUCGAUGUCUCCUGCGUCGGUGGGGAAAUAUCCUACAGAUGCAGCCGUCCAGCUCCAAGGCACAGGAAAGGGGUUCAAAGCAGGCAGGCACGAGGACGCCAUCUCCAACGCUACCAGCCCUACCCACGCUACCACCGUGAUUAACUCCCGCCCGGAAACCAAUGUCCCCACUGUGGAAGGACGUGUGGAUCCAGAAUCGGCCUCCACAGUCACUUACGGACUCAUUGUUAAAACUGUGUUUAUAGAAGACAAUCUUACUCGGCUAUGAGUGAUCACCAAAGAAGAAGAAGACCAGCAGAGUUUCUUCUUGUGGCGCUAAGCUUUGUUGUUCAUGGGCACCACCUACGUACCUAAACAUUGUCAGCUCAACCUCACAGGUCUAUCUGCUUUCAGCAAGUCCUACAAAUUUCUGGCAUGGGAGUUGCUCAGACCGCUCCCCAUUUCCUGCCAUUUUCUUAGGAUCACGACCCCCACCUGAUUUUGACCUUCUAUUCGCUGAUGUUGCUGACCUUCUGCCCUGGUACUGUUGCCUAAGAUCUCACGUGCUGCUUGACCUUCACAAUGCUCCUGCCUCUGAGAGCUCUGAUCCAGAUCCGACUUCUCUGAAACUGGACCUUAUGUUGUGGAUGCCCCUGUCUCCGGCCAUUGGAUCCUGA